AUGGAGCAACAACUUUAUCAUCGUCCAAGACCAGGCGGUAUGGCCGGGAAAAUCCUCGACAAGCAAGCUAGCAAGUUUAACAAUGAGGAGGCUCAGAAUCUGAUGGAAUGGGUCAAGGGAUUGAUCGGUGAGGAAUUCGACACCUCAGGCAGUAGGGACAACUUUCGCGAGCAGUUACGUGAUGGGCAAAGGCUUUGCAAGUGA